CUCAGCUUUAUAACUAAAACUCGCGAUAUUCUGAAGACACGUGAGUUGAUUUUGGUUGAAACUCUGGACAACGUGAAAUGUCCAUCGACAAGUUGGAAUCGCGAGGAAGUAGUUUCAAACCACCUGAUAUUCUCAGAUAGCUGUGCCAAUAAAUCUCAAAGUAAUUCUAAGAGUAAUAGUCGUAAUAACAACAACAACAAUCUUAACAAUAAUUACUUAAAAAUAUCAACUGGCUUCAAUGUUGAUGAAGACGAUGGGACCAAUAGCGCGAGAUCUGGAGCGAUAUCGCGUAAAUUCGAUGAAACUUGGGUAGUUGCAGAAAAGCAUAGCACGCCGUCGAAAGAAUCCAUCUCGUAUAUUAGUCGUAAAAACCCCUCGUGCAGCGUCCAAAGUUAUAGUUAUAGUUCAUUGAGUUCAAGUAGCUCUUGCGGAGAAAGAAGCCGUCCCUCGGACAUAAAACGUAGUGAUUCAUUUCUGAAGCGUUUUCGUGAAAAUUGGCCCGGCUGCGAAAAAUUCAUUAAGAACAUCCCGAGUUACGGGAAGAAACCUGGUCUAUUCAUCAAAAGUAAAGACACAGAUCACCCAGUGCCUCCUGUUAGAAGAAAAAGACACAAAACAGAAAGAGGCAUUUGUAAUACCGAUAAUAAUUUAAUAAUCCCCCAAAAUCUGUUACUACCCAAUGAACAAAAGGAUAAUUUAGUUACUGUUAGUUCAAAAAAGAAGGACACUAUCGCAAACUAUAAUACUGACAAUAGGCUUCUGUUGAUCAACGCAAGUUACUCUAGUCACAAGGGAGGUUCGUCUUCGCAAGAGAGAGAGCAUCGCCAAGAGUUUUCCCCUGGGUUACAAGGCUAUUCGACUAGUCAACUACAAUCUUCUCAGUGUAUUAAACUCAUACCCGACAGAAGCAAACUCUUAGAGCAGGAUUACGAAAGACGAGUAUCGAGAUCACGAAGCAUAUCUACCGAUGACGUUGACAACCUGAUAAAUUCUAAUGAUAACUUCAGUACCAGCAACGACAAUAAUAAUUAUUGUUAUUAUUCAAGUUCUUCACCAAGUAACUUGAAGUUACUGAAGAAUAAUCGAAAAGUUAAAUCGGAUUUGGACUUGAGUUACAGGCAAAGUCAUUUGAAUUCCAACUUAUGUUUAAAACUAAAGAGGUCUCCGUCGCCUGAAAACAACGCACUGUAUUCCGGUUCUGGGUCAGCUAAAUACUCCGAUAUCAUUCUGAGGUCAAGCGAUAACUCGGUAAACGAGCUACGUUGUUUAAACUGGUCUAAUUCGACAACUUUGCAUUCAUCAGUCUCAUCGGGUUACUCGUUUUCGAAUGUCAGUGAUGGUGGGAAAGAUAUUAUUGGUGAUAGUUAUUAUGAUGGUUACAGUAACACCAACAGUAGUGGAUGUAUAAAUGAUAAUGAGCAAAAAGGAGGAAAAAAAGAUUUGAAAGGUUCAGAAGAUAAUUUGUUAACAGGAAAAAGGGAAGGAGAAAAAGUUGAGCGUAAAUCUAGCGUGAAUCCAUGCGCUAAUAAAAUAAUUCAAGCGGAACAACAGGUAAUUCAUUCUCAGGAAACUAAAACAAAGUUUGAUGAUUACUGGCUAAAAGAUAACGAUCACUUGGACAAAGAAUCGGCUUAUUGUUCGUGUUCUUGCGACAGUUACACCGACUAUUGUACCCACCGUUGGUCACAAUGUUCAAUUCAGGCGUCUAAUUCAAAUCCUGUCGGAUUGGUCAGUGAAAGUAAUUUAACAGUCAUUGAAUCUCGUAAUUUACUUUCGGAUGGACCUGAGGAGGAAAAUGAAAGUGAAAUAAAGGGUAUAAUAGGUAAACAAUUAACUCUUAAGCAAUCUCAACGAAGAUUGACAGUCAGUCGCGAAAGUUACACUUUGGCGAAUCGAUUGGAAGACAGGAGUAACAAUUUAAAGUCCCAGGUUGAUAACAAUAAAAAUCCAAAUAUGAAGAUCCUGAUAAAAAUAAUGCGGAUUCGGGAAAAAAUAAUAUACGGAUUCAGUGCAUUCGCUAUUCUGUUUACCCUGCUCUUGGUAAUGGACCUUCAGAUGGACUUGGGGUACAGUGGUCAUCAUUUAGUGCCCAGUCAUGGCAGAGUUAGAAUGCACGAUGAACUUGGCCAUGAUACAGUGUACACUAACUUCCACCGUAAGUUUCUCCAAAGAGUUAAUGCCAGCAAGGAAUUAACAGCCAGUGACAAUUCUAUUGGUGGUGGUCCUAACUCUAGGGAUAAUACCGCAAAUAAUGGAGGUAGUGUUGUUGCAAGUGCUGAUGUUGCUGCUCCCGGUAAUAUUAUACGGGAUAAUACCAAAAGAGAACCGCUACAUGAUGAAUUUGGUGACCUUGUUGAUAUAUUAGUUAAUGCGGAUAAUAUUGACUUAGACACUGGUGUCGUAAGAAUUAGUAAUGAAGAUUACAGUGAUAAUCCUACCAUUGGAAAUAUACGAGGAAUACCAAUUAGAAAUAAUAUGACAACGUUACAAAAAUUCCACCUACAAAUAUCAAGACUUGAACUUUACCCGAAAGACUCGGAAGUUGUUGAUCAAUUACUCCAUGAAAUGGCAACAAAACCAAUAGUUCACGUUGCCCAAAAAGAGGGUGGUACGCAGCUAAAAUUAGUGAUUGAUUAUCCAGAUGACUUACAAGCGCUGUUCAAACCAAUGAGAUUUCCGAGGGAACAACAAACAUUGCCGAACCAUUUUUAUUUUACAGAUUUCGAGAGGCAUGUGGCUGAAAUAGCAACAUUUCAUUUGGACAAGCUUUUGGGGUUCAGAAGAGCGAUGCCGGUCACAGGAAGAACAUUGAAUAUGACGUCGGAGAUUUAUCAGCUGGCGGAGGGUAAUUUACUGAAGACAUUUUUCGUGAGCCCGGUCGGCAACACUUGUUUCCACGGGCAAUGCAGCUACUAUUGUGACACUGGGCACGCGAUUUGCGGGAAUCCAAACACCCUGGAGGGGAGCUUCGCCGCGUUUCUGCCGGCUAGAGAAAUGGCGAGUCGCAAAGUUUGGAGGCAUCCUUGGAGGCGAAGUUAUCACAAGCGUAAAAAAGCGCAGUGGGAAACUGAUUCAAAUUACUGUUCAUUGGUGAAAGAAAUACCGCCUUACGACGAAGGUCGUCGCCUUCUUGACCUGAUGGAUAUGUCGGUCCUGGACUUUUUGUCUGGCAAUAUGGAUCGUCAUCAUUACGAGACAUUCAAGAUAUUCGGUAAUGACACCUUCACACUGCAUCUAGACCAUGGUCGUGGUUUCGGGCGACCUUAUCACGACGAAACGUCAAUACUCGCUCCGCUGCUCCAGUGCUGUAUGAUAAGACAGAGCACUCUGAAAGUACUGCUCAAAUACCACAACAGCCCGCAACGUCUAAGCGCGGUGAUGCGUCAGAGCAUGGCGAAGGAUCCUGUGGCGCCUGUCCUGUGGGAGCCUCACCUGAGUGCACUUGACAGACGGAUAGGUCUCAUCCUCCAAGCGGUAAGAGAUUGCCUAAAUCGGAGCGAGCACUACGAACAAGUCAUCCAAGAACGUGACGAAUCUAAUAAACAAUAACAUCUGUUAUUCCUCUGAAUAUUGUUAUUACUACCUUAUUAAAUUUGUAUAAAGCUAUGUAUAAAUAAUUUUUAUAAUCAUAACAUAAGCUUUAAAUGCAUCAUAUGCACAUGUAAAGUGUAAAGUCACUACCAAUGUAAUAGUUAUUUUAAUAUGUAUGUUAAAUUUUAAAAUUGUUAUCGAAGAUUUUUAAUCUGUGGAUUU